GUCGCCCCCUGGAGCUUGGUGGGAUAAUGGCAUAUAGAAGAGCGCGGGGCGGCCCUAGAGGCGGCGUCGGGUACUCCGAAUCCAGCGAGGAUUUCUGGGGAGAGCAAUAGAGACGCGGCCUGAGCUAGAAGGGCUGGAGCGGAGGCAAAUAAGGAGAUCGGUAGAUUGAGUGGCUAGAGAGGUCGGAGGUAAGUGGCUGUAGAAAUCAGGCGGACCCGGAACACAGACGCCUCGGGACCAUGACUUAUGCUUAUCUCUUCAAGUACAUCAUCAUCGGAGACACAGGUGUGGGGAAGUCAUGCCUCCUCCUGCAGUUCACCGAUAAGCGGUUCCAGCCUGUGCACGACCUCACAAUAGGGGUGGAGUUUGGAGCCCGUAUGGUCAACAUUGAUGGAAAACAAAUCAAACUGCAAAUCUGGGAUACGGGUGGCAUGUGAGCAAGUCACUUUCUCUGGAAAUAACCUAGUUUUACUGGGAUUUUUUGUUGCCAUGUUGAUGGUAAAGGCUGGGCAAGAGUCCUUCCGUUCUAUCACCCGUUCCUACUACAGGGGAGCAGCUGGAGCACUGCUGGUGUACGAUAUCACAAGACGUGAAACCUUCAACCACCUGACGUCAUGGUUAGAGGAUGCCCGCCAGCACUCAAGCUCGAACAUGGUUAUAAUGCUGAUCGGAAAUAAGAGUGAUCUAGAAUCCCGAAGGGAUGUGAAAAGAGAGGAAGGAGAGGCCUUUGCUCGGGAGCAUGGCCUUAUAUUCAUGGAAACAUCAGCCAAGACAGCCUGCAAUGUUGAAGAGGCCUUCAUUAACACAGCCAAAGAAAUAUAUAGGAAGAUCCAGCAGGGCUUAUUUGAUGUCCACAAUGAGGCCAAUGGCAUCAAGAUUGGGCCCCAACAGUCGAUUUCAACAUCAACGGGACCAAGUUCAUCUCAGCGGAACUCUUGUGAUGUAGGAUCUGACUCUGGCUGCUGCUGAACAUCUGGCCUGAACUCUUUUUUUUUUUUUUUUUUUUUUUUUUUUUUUCUUUCCCCCCCUGGAACAGCUUCAGAUCAAUCAGCUUAAAGAAAGAGGUCUUACUUGCUUUGGCUGAGAGCAGCCUCUUUUCAAUGUGCAAUGCUUUACCCUUCACUAAAAACACCAUGAGAAAGCCGGGCCCUUACUAACCUGUCCACCAGUAGGGACAUGAAUAUUCCAUAUAGAUCAGGGCUCUGAUUUCUAAAAUAUUAGGAUCAAAGUUGAUUGUCACAGUAAUUAAAAAAUAAACAACUUACUAAGUAUCUGUUUGCUAGGUGUGGUGGCACAUACCUAUAAUUCCAGCACUCAGGAUUUUUGGCAGGAGGAUUUUCAGGAGCUCUGAAGUCAGUCUGGACUAUAUAAGUAUUACCAGGCCGUCCAUGGCUACAUAGUAUGAUCCUGAUUCAAAAAGAAAAAUGAGAGAAAGGAAAAAAAUCCAUCUGUUAUUCACUACAGUGGACGAUGUUCUAAUUGAGCAUUUAGGACUAAGAAUCUGGGUAACUUGGAUGAUAACUCUGUACAUAGUAAUUUCAUUGAAUUUAUUUCCUUGCCUUGGAAACCUGCUUAUCAUUUUAUAGGAGUUCCUAUAGAAGCUGGGGCCCUCUGUACUAUCUCAUUCCUAGUUUCUUUAUAUAACCUUAAAUAUCAUUCCUCAUGAGACCAUCACAUUGGUUUUUGAGAGAUCAUCUCUCACAGGAACCUGGAGCUCCAUGAUUAGCCGAGGCUAACUGGCCUUUCUCAUUGCUAGUUCCUGUUUCUUAACUACAGAAUUUUGAGAGCAGCAGAGUUGGUACUGGACCAGUAGCCACAUCAUUUACCUAAGAAAAUGUUAGCUUUUUGUUUUGUUUCGGGGACCAGUUCUAGCAUUAUAGUUCUCUCACCAAAUUGAUCUCCACUGUUUCAUCAUACUUCUGCCUCAUGUUUUGUUUUGACUUGGUGUGUGUGUGUGUGUGUGUGUGUGUGUGUGUGUGUGUGUGUUUGUGUAUGUGUGUGUGUAUGUAUGUUUGGGAGAGUGUGCUAGACAGGUCGAGAUCACAUCUAGGUUCUUAAACAUGCUAAAUAAGUGUUGUACCACUGAGCUAUACCCUCAGAAGCCUUCUCUUUUACUUUUUUGUUUUGAGGCAAGUUGUCUAGGCUAGCCUUGAACUUGCAGGCCUUAAACUUGGAAUCCUGAUGCCUCAGAUUUCCAGAUAGCUGGGCAUACUCCUAACAAAAUCUAUUAGACUUUUACUCUAAUCAAGCUAAUUGGCUUACUGAAUAUGACAUAUUUAUUCCAACUUCUAUACCUUUACACAUGCUCUGCCCUCUAACAUUAUACUGGCUUUUUCUUUUCUUUCUUUCUUUUUUUCCUGGAAAUUCUCCAUGACUGACUUAGGGAGUUCUAAGAAGUUAUUAACACUCUUAGCACUCCUAUCAUGGUUAUUCAUAUGUGUAUUUAUUUGUAUGUGCUUUACUUUGUAAACAUGUUUUGUAGGGUUUUUUGGUGGGGGGUGUGAGGGGAGUCUGUCUCAUGUAGGAUGUAAGCUCUAUCAGAGCAGGGUCCAUGUCAUUUCCAAUCCAUCGCACCAUUCUUUACUGUACCCUGUGCAAUUCAUGAUCUUGAAUUUGAGUGGCAUAAUUUAAAACUUAAGGCUUUAGACUUUAGAAGAAACAAAGGACCUUAGAGUCUUGUCUUUGUAAUUGUAUUCAUGUUUUCCCCAUCUGCUUACCCUGGUUCUCUAUUGCUCCUCUCUGCUGCUUCACUGUAACUUGCUCCCUCCAUUCUGUGCAGCAUACAGUAAGAAUGCCUGCUACCAAGACUCAAAUAAGUAGAUACGUCUUCACCCACUCCUUAGAGUAUGCAAUACUAUUUUAGCCCAAUCUGCUUCACUCCUCACACCACUUUCUGGGACAGUUGCUGUCUUUUUUACUUAUCUCAUUUUCUUUCACAGCACUGAGGUCUCACCAAAUUUUCUAAAUCGUAUUGUUAAUGACUGUUUUACUAUUAAAUAUAUGCAUGAUCUAA